CGUUCACUCACGAGCCAACCCUAGCAAGCAGAGAAAACAAGUUGACGCGUGUGUGCAGGACAUUCGAUUAGAUGCCGUGGAAGCUGCCUGAACGACAAAAUACACAGAGAGAAUAGAAGAAAACUCUUCACAGUUGCGUUUCUGCCGACUGAGACUGUUUGUUUUGUCUCAUUUCGAACGGCCCACACUCAUUGCGGGACAGUCACAUUGUCGCCGGCCGGCACGUGUGCGGAGGAUCAACCACACCAGCUCCUCUUCACCGGUUGGAGAUUUUUUUUUUCUUUUUUGCAACAACUCUCAAUCUCCGCCAGCGCAACCUUCCAGCAGCGGUCAUGUCCGAGGUCUCUGCGGACUCUGUCCUCGCGCGACCGCCUCCGGUCCGAAUGGACAACGCGCUCAAAGAUAACCAAGAGAACCGAACUUUGCUCAUGGUGGCGAUGAUUCUGUUGGAUCUGAACAAAUGUCGGCCUGACGCCGUGCACAAGGACGACAAGGAGAAGCCGGUCGAGAGCAAGAGGAGGGCGGAGAAGCCGCAAGAGUCCUCCGAGAAGAGACACCGCUGCCCCUUUAGCGGCUGUGGCAAAAUGUACGGAAAGUCGUCCCACCUUAAAGCCCACUUGAGGGUGCAUACCGGCGAGCGUCCAUUCGAGUGCACCUGGCCAGCCUGCGGCAAGAAAUUCUCCCGCUCGGACGAGCUGACCCGCCACUACCGCACGCACACGGGCGAGAAGCGCUUCACCUGCCCGCUGUGCGACAAGUGCUUCAUGAGGAGCGACCACCUGACCAAGCAUGCCCGCCGCCACGCCGGCUUCCAUCCCAGCAUGCUGCUGGGGGCCAGCGCCGCCAAGAGACGCCGCAGCUCCGUCUCCGUGUCGUCGUCAGACUCCGGAGACCAAAGCCCUCAUGGGGUAUGAAACGGAGGCCGACAUGGACACUUGCGUGCCGCCGCGCUACCACCAAGGUUCUCUCAGAGUCGUUUCCAUUCUAUACCAACGUGACAAGUAUUUAUACAAAAUUCUCUCGUCAGGUUGACCUAGUGUGUUUAUUUUGAAAUGAGUCAUAUAACAUCAAGCCAUGCAAUGGAAUCGUGCUUAUCCAUCUACCUUGUACUUCUGAGGUUCUGGCUUUGAAUCUUGUGUGGGGGUUAGCAUAGCUCGUAUCCCACAUUCCAAAAACCCACGUUAGGUCCAUUCAAUUCUGUCUCUGUGCCCCGCUAACGGCCAGCGACUUGUUUAUGGUGCGCCCCACCAGUCGCCCAAAGUUGUAUCGCUCUAUAGAAAAUGGUCUGUAGCGGCUCACUGAUACUGUUUAGUAAUGUGGACAUGAGUCAGCUCCACGUCAUAACAGAAAGGGACUUAAUGGUGUGUGUAUAUAUAUAUUCACACACACACAAGUUUGAGCAUUAAAUAUAAUGCGUAUAUACAAUAGAACAGUAUUACCGUAAUUUUCGGACUAUAAGUCGCACCGGAGUAUAAGUCACACCAGCUCCACUCCUGAGUAUAAGUCGCCCUCCCACCCAAACUAUGAAAAAAACUGCGACUUAUAGUCCGAAAAUUACGGUACUAUGUACAUAGAGGGAAAUGGACUAUUUAGCUAUUUGAGAGAAAUGAGAUUAUCAUAUAGAUCCGAAUUUAGCCCAUUACAGAGUGACCUCUUAUGAAGAAACCGAACAAAAAUGCAUCAAGAAUACCUUGACGAGACUUAUCUAACACAAAGGUCAUGGCAAAUGCUAAGUUUCUUAGCGAUUCCAAGCAAACAGGUCUUCUUCACUUAAGGACUGUGCCUUCCUCCACCUCGCCACUAUCGAAAGGAAUAUUUGGUCACCAUUUUGUUCACACUGGUGUUCAGCAACCUAGAGUGAAUAUGAAGUGACUUGUCUGACCAGCAGUACCGGCCAGCACACUUUGGCUUGUUUGUCCACGUUGUAUUUUGUCAGGGAUGUUUCCAUGAACAUUCUGCGCCUCCUAGUGGUGGUGAUGAAGCAAAACGUCACCUUAUCUGUCUGGGACUGUCUUUACGCCAGAAAAUUCCUUUGGUCCGGACCUUAAGCGGACUUUUUUUAAUUUGGUGCUGCAUUCUUGCUCUGAAUAUUAGACCUGCAAAAUAAUUUUGCAAGAGAGUCUAAUUCAAUCCAGGUUUUGCAACGCUAGACAUUUCAAAAAGCGGGUGUCGGUCCGUUUGUUUUUGGUCCGCACCAAGGUUCCUUUGUGUGGCAUCACGAAGAUCUCGGGAAGCAAAUUAGUGGUGUGCGAAACUAUUUUGGUAUCGAAAUACAGGGCCAGCACAUCUACCGAUAUAAUUAUUACGGUAGCCGCAUCAAAUUUCCAAUGUUUUUGUGACUUUUGAUUUGUUAAAAACUAGAACAUAAUUAGAAUAACACAUUAUCAAUACUUUAGGAUGGAUCCGCCCACCACUAAAAUGAACCCAGGGUGCAAUUGUGAAUACACCCUUUAGUUCACAAAUCAAUUCCAUCAUGUAGCAAACGUCUUAUUUGUUCAGUACCUUGUUUUUGUCAUCGUACUGGUUUUAUGUUUUUAACGAUGCAUCGCGCCACUACAAAUGUUUUCCGAAUUCUCAGACUUGUGAAUUUUUUUCGGUUAUAACGACAUCUGUGAUUCAGUGUCGGUGCCUUUCGGGUUGAAGCCAUCAUGAUGCUAUUGUACUGUACCUCGUGUAAAUUUAGACAUUUAGGCAUUGUAAUAAUUAAGCCUCAGAUUUAACAUUAAAAAGAAUGUUCUUCCUAA